GACCGUACAUUCGCCAAUACCCUGGAAUUUCAUCUCAUGCUCUACUCUGCCCAAAGGACGAGUCUUUAUAAAUGCGCAACUGAAGAAGACGAAAGCUGCUCAUCACCCCAAAAAAAAAAAAAAAAUUUGCAGAGAGAGAGAGGUAGAGAGAGAAACAGAGAAAUGUCGGGAGGUAUUGCUCGUGGUCGUCUCGCAGAGGAACGAAAAGCCUGGCGGAAGAAUCACCCCCAUGGUUUCGUUGCUAAGCCGGAGACUCUCCUUGAUGGUUCGGUGAAUCUGAUGGUGUGGCAGUGUACUAUCCCCGGUAAGGCAGGGACUGACUGGGAGGGGGGUUACUACCCACUUACACUCCACUUUAGUGAAGACUACCCUAGCAAACCACCAAAGUGUAAAUUUCCCCAGGGUUUCUUCCACCCUAAUGUCUACCCCUCUGGAACUGUUUGCCUGUCGAUCCUCAACGAAGAUAGUGGAUGGAGACCAGCGAUUACAGUGAAACAAAUUCUUGUUGGCAUCCAGGACUUGUUGGACCAACCCAACCCUGCUGAUCCUGCACAGACUGAAGGAUACCAUCUCUUCAUCCAGGAUGCUGUGGAGUACAAGAGACGUGUCCGACAGCAGGCCAAGCAAUACCCGUCUCUUGUCUAAAUACUGAAUCUGGUUUUGCUAAAGGUUGUUGAUACUUGGGAACCAUCUGGUCGACUCAAUGUAAACUGCAUGGUUGAACUGCCUUUGUUUUCUCGAUUUGAAUUUAACUUUUGUUGGUAUAUAACAGUAGAACCGGCCAAUGAUGCUCAUUGGUGUUUGUUUUAGUAUUGAACUUGAUCUCCAUUUUACAUCAUCAGCUAUUUAUACUGUGAUUUGUGUUUAACAUGUGUGAUCUCUCAAAAGGAUCAAGAACAAGCAAAGCUGCUACACUGCCAAUGGUUAAAUAAUAUCGGAAUGAUGGAUAAACCAUCUUAAAGAACA